AUGGUGUAUGGUGGUGAUGUAACGGCGCGUGACGUGCACCUGUCGCGUGCGCGGCGCUCGCUGCCAACUGCCAACCGCCUCGCACCGAGCGUGGCCACUUGCUGCGCACCUCACCCGCCAAGCGUGAAGCGGCACCUGACGCGUGCCCCGUUCCAAUGUCCUGUUGCCAUGACCACCGCGCCGUGCAAAUAUACCGGCCCCAGCGACCAGACAUUUCGUAAUGGUACAGUAAUACAA